AUGGCGGUCUGUGUCGCUGUCAUAGGGAAAGAGGUAAACACUUCAUCUUUUUCGCGUUUAGAAACGAUUUUGAGCUUAUUUCACAGAUACUUUUUUGUUCAUUGAAUAUUUCAGAAUUAUCCGCUGUAUCUUCGGACCGUCUCUCCGGAAGAGGAGUUGAAAUUUCACUACACAGUUCAUACCUCGUUAGAUGUUGUCGAAGAAAAAGGUGGAUGAUUUUAGAACGAUAACUGUAUAUUUUAAGACAUCGCUAGGACGUACAAAAUAAAAUAUGCCUGGUUAUAAGUAAGUGUAAGGGUUAGGGUUAGGGUUUAAUAAGUAUAAGUUAGCCAUUAUCUGUUAUGGAAUUUUUUUUAUAUCCGUUCAAUUGAUUUUUUUUUACUCUCAUGAGCACUUAAUACCAGUAUUUCAAAAAUUCUUGGAAAUUUUGUGACCUCUUUUGUGGAAAUAGGUUAUUUUUUUGCCCAUAAUUAUUCUGCACCGUCAAGUCCUACCGCAAGUUUCAGAUUAUGUUUUGCUUGUUAUUGUGUUUUAUGCUCAUUUUUUUUAACAACUCUAUUUCAUUGUUCAGUUCCUUGCUAUGUCCUUCAAAAUUUGGGUCAUUCAUCAUUCAUGACUAAUCUUGGGUAGCCUCAGAAACCUUUCUCAAAGGUGAUAUGUAUUUAAUAUAUUGCAUUCUUAGUGUCAUCCCUGACUAAAAGUUCCAAUGAUCCUCGAGAACUCUACCUUGGUUUAUUAUAUCCCACUGAAGACUAUAAAGUGUAUCCUUUUAAACUUUGUCACAUGUAUAUAGUUCAGAUCUGUUAUAGAAAUGUGGAAAAAGGUAAUUUUUUUUCAUUAUAGCCAUGUAGGAAACAUAUAUUCCAAAAACAAAUUUUGCUACUUUGAAACAAGAAUAUUCCAUUGCCUUGGGUCAAAAGUAUUUUUGCUUCCAGGACACAAAUUUCCCUUUUGGAACAUGUUUCCCAGUUUAGCCACAAUGUUACUGCUCCAAUUUUGUUUUAGCUUGGCCAUGCUUCUCAUUUUUAUUUAUCUAAUUGUAUUUGUUACAGAGUUUGACCAUUUUGUAGUUUUUGUCUGUAUAUCUCUGCAUGAAGUUUUUAAAAAAGUGUGCCAGCUUGUGUAGCAGAUUUCCAGUUUACUGGAUGUAGGUGGCUACUUCCAUAUAUAUUUUACUGAACAAUCUUUGACUAAGGUUACAGGUAUGGGUAUGUUACAAACUCCAAAAUCAAGUUUGUAAUUGUAGUUGAGUCAGCAAACACUGCAUUAAGAGACAAUGAGAUAAGAACGGUAAGCUGUUAUACCUGUUGCAAAUUGAUAUGUGUAUUUCCUUAUUUACUCGGUACCAAGUUUCUAUUUGAUUCUUACUUUAGUUUACUAUAAAAUUUAUAAAUGUAAAUUUAUAAAUUUACAGCAAUUUUUAACUUUUUAAUUUUACAAGCUUGUUCAGUUAUAUCUUAAUUAAGAUUUUUCACCAUGGUUUACUAUUAAAUUUACAAAUGUUACAGUAUUGUAUGAUUUUUUUUUUCACACCAUUUUUCUAAUCUAAGCCCUGUUUCUUGAAAGUCCUCAUAACUUAACUGCCAGCAGAAAUGUUUUAAAAUAUAAUUCUAAGGAAUAAUAAAUGCAGGUCUAAAUUAGCUGAAAAACCAACUCAUUCUUAUGUUUCCCCAUGUAUCAGUUGUUUGAAUUUAAGAAAUGUUUUGUUACUUGACCUUAAACAAAACACAACAAAACAGAAAUUAACUUUACAAGCUUGAGAAACCAACCCCAAGUAUCUUAACUUUAUCCCUGAGAUCAUACCUAGCUCCUUGAUCACAGUUGUAGUUUGGUUCACACAUUCAUUACACUGAAGAAUUAUCAAGCUUUGCAUCAGUACCUAAGCCAAGAACUGGUAAAAACCCAAACAUUUAGUGUGGUAAAUUGUGGUUACUUAUUUGUUUGGGAAAUGAAUGUGUGCUCUCAAGGUUCCAUGAAACCAUAUCGAUUGUAACACCUGGAUGUUCAAACACUGACCACUUUCAGACUAAAAAGGGUCCAAAGUCAUAGCAGCACAUAUCUAUUUAGCUGAUAUGGAGGAAGACUUUUCUCUUGGGGUUGGGAGUGGGGCUGGGGGAAAAGAUCUGUUUUUAGUGGAACCCUUGUGAUUAUGUAUUACACUUCCAAUAAUUUUGCUGCUUUGACUUUGGUUGCAAGGAUUGAAAAGAAAUUUCUCUAUGAAAAGACCUUCCCUCAGGAAAGUUAACUCAAAUUACCCAUGAAAUAAAUUUUCAGCCAUAGCCUUCUCAAAUAUUCACAUUGUCAUUCUUACUUGCACUCAUGGUGAUGGCAUCAAGAGGCAGAAAGAAUCAAGCAAUCUCUUCCAUUAUUUUUCUUUAAUCUUUGCAAAUCUCUUGAUUUUUUUUCUUUUUUCAUUACUAUUUUCGCCAGAUGUUUCGCAAACUUCAUGUGGCUUAUACAGAUAUGUUCUGCAAUCCUUUUUACAACCCAGGAGAAAAUAUAACAUCAAGGUAAGCUUAAACGAGCCACAGCCUUUAACUUCAAGGAAGCAGCUAUAUUUAAAUGCAUCUUACACUCAGUCUGCCAAACUUGAGAAUUUUACUUUUAAGUUUUAAAAGGAAUCUGAAGACAGCUCACAACACUUUGUAACAAGGGUUACACUUCUAUACACUUAUUUGGAGGUUAUCAAAGUACAUGCAGUUUUGUCAGUUGAUUACUUCAAUCGCAUCCCUUAACCUAUCACUUUAUCUCCAGGCGUUUUGAAGAGGCAAUUGUGAAAAUGAUGAAAGAAGAUUAAUCAACAGAAUCAGUUGCAGUACUUGGCAAUUACAUUACUCUAGCUGUGUAGCUGUUUGUGAAUGCUUUCAGGCAGGUUAUGGCAUUUGAAAGUAUGGUACUAUUGGGAACAAAUUGACUCACUGGAAAAAUCAUGAUGGAUAUCACAGACAGCCACAUUGACCAGGCAUCACUAAAUGCAAUCUUGUUGAUUUUCAAAUUUAUAUUGUAAUGUAGAUUUUGUAACACAGAACGAGUGGAAACUCAAAGAAACAGGCCUGCUAAGCAAAAGUUAAACAUGUGGAGAGGCCACCACAAACUUAAGUAAUGGACUAUGCAAAUACACUGUAUUUUAUAGAAAACAAAGACACAGUUGUAUUUUGAGUAGGUCAAAGAAAAUGGAAGGAAGACUUGGUUUUAGAGGUGUGAGCCUGUUACACCCUAACAUCAGAAUCCACUUUCUCCAUAAUCUUCUACAUAAAUUUCCACUUGUACUUACAAGGAGAAUUUGUUUAACAAUCAAAUCUUUUCCUCUUGAUCUUAAUGAAGCAUUCAGCUGUAUAACAGUAAGGAAAAAUUUCAAGCUGGUCACUUAGGAUCUGAGGGGUUCGUGCAGCAUUAUUCUAGGCUGACCGUGCCUCUCUCUAAACAAAAGUAUAACUACAGAAUGGUCAGAAAAAAAUUGACCAAUUGUAAGUAGAUUAUAUGCGAUGGACUGAAAACCCACCUGGCUUGGCAGAAUCAAAUGUCAUAAUCAACAACAACAGACACUGCAGGU